AUGAGCAUUCACUUGCUUACCCGCCUAAAAUCUAACUUUUUGACCAAUCUUUUUCUUCUAGCCAAAACCAAGCAACAAUGUCUACGACUGGGUUUCUCAAAAUUGUAUCUGCUUUCUUUGAGUCGCUGCAUAUCAACAACCACAAUUGCAAUCCCAAGCAACACUUCCUUAUCGAAGGAAGAAGCUCUUAUGUCCCUUUUAAAGAAAUGCUCCACCAUGAAAGAUUUGAAGCAAAUCCAUGCCCAUGUCAUCCAAUCUGGCUUUGAACAAAACCUUUUUGUUAUAGGCAAAGUCAUAGUCUUUUGUGCUGUUUCAGAGCAAAGAGAUAUCGAUUACGCUGUUUCGGUUUUUGAAAAUAUUGGAAAUCCAGACGGGUUUCUUUGGAAUACAAUGAUUAGGGGUUUUGGCGAUACCAAUGACCCUCAAAAAGCUUUCGAGUACUACAACAGAAUGCAAGCGAAAGGAUUGGUUGCAGACGAUUUCACAUUUUCUUUCUUGGUCAAGGUUUCUGGGCAAUUAAGCUCAGUUUUAUUAGGGAAACAAAUGCAUGGCAGCAUAUUAAAGCAUGGGCUUGACACGCGUCUUUUUGUUAAGAAUAAUCUUAUUCACAUGUACGGUUUGUUUGACGACAUUGAAACAGCACGCCAACUGUUCGAAGAAAUUUCUAGUCCAGAAUUAGUGGCAUGGAACACUAUCAUCAGUUGCUGUGUGUAUUGUGGCAAAUUUAAGGAAGCACUUGACUUGUUUUCUACGAUGUUGAAAUUUGGUAUGGAGCCUGAUGAAGCCACAUUGGUUGUGACUCUUGCAGCAUGUUCUGCAGUGGGAGCAUUAGAUUUUGGUAGAUGGAUUCAUUAUUGUAUUAGUCAUACUGGUCUUGGAAGCAUUAUAAAGGUCAAUAAUGCACUAAUUGAUAUGUAUGCCAAGUGUGGAGCAGUAGAAGAAGCAUACGAGACAUUUCGUAGAAUGAACCAAAGGAAUAUAGUAACAUGGAAUACAAUGAUUUCAGGUCUAGCAAAUCAUGGCCAGACAAAUCAGGCAUUGGUGCUUUUUUCUCGAAUGUUAGAACAAAACCAUUUGGAACCAGAUGAUAUUACUUUCUUGGGUGUACUAUGUGCUUGUAGCCAUGGAGGAAUGGUAGAUGAAGGAAGAAGAUAUUUUGAUAUGAUGAGCAAAGAAUAUCAUAUCAAACCCACAAUAAAGCAUUACGGUUGCAUGGUUGAUAUUUUGGGUCGAGCUGGGUUUGUGGUAGAGGCUUAUGAAUUGAUUAGGAGUAUGCCUAUGGAAUGCAAUGCCAUUGUGUGGCGGAUAUCGUUGGCUGCUUGUAGGCUGCAUGGAAAUGUUGAACUUGGUGAGCAGGUGAGGAAGCAUCUUCUGGAAUUAGCACCAGAUCAUAGCAGCGACUAUGUUCUUCUUUCUAACAUCUAUGCAAGUGUGGGGCAAUGGAAUGAAGUUGCAAGAGAGAGGAAAUCAAUGCAGAAGAGGAGAGUUAAGAAACCAGAGCCUGGUAAUAGCUUCAUCGGCAUGCAUUCUAACAAAAGGGAUUAAGAUCGUCUGAAGUUACUACCCUAGUACAAAAGUUAUGUAUUACUAUAAGAUACGGAAUUUUGAAGCAACUACUGUCAAUCAAUGAUUAAGAAAUAUUGAAAGAGAAAAAAAAAAAAAAAAAAAAA